UGUGAUGUGGGGUCAAUGCCUACCCUGCAGGAGCUGGAACAUUGCCAAGCUGUGGUGCUGUCGGUGGUGGACGAGGCCGGAGUGCAGACGGUGGUGGAGCAGCUGCUCGCGGGUGCCCGACAGCCCAGCCAGCGGCGUGCGGCCGUGGCAUUGCUGUGCGCGUUCUGCGCCCAUUCCAGGGCACCCCUCACUCCGCACGUGCCUCAGCUGCUUAGGGAGCUGCUGCGUCUAUUCACCGACACAGACCGCCACGUGCUGCAGCUUGCCGGGGAGGCCCUUGCUGCCGUCACCAAGACCCUGGACACGAACCAGCAGAUUGAGUACGUGAUGGAUGUGCGGCAGGCGAUCCGUUUUGCGGCUAGCGACCUGAAGGGCCAGGAGUACCUGCCGGGCUUCUGCCAGGAGAAGGGCAUCUCGCCCAUUCUGCCCAUCUUCCGUGAGGCCAUCCUCAUCGGGGUGCCCGAACUCAAGGAACAAGCGGCACAGGGGCUUGGCGAGGUGAUCCGGCUAACAGAUGCCGCCUCCUUGCGGCAGUCGGUCAUCAGCAUCACGGGGCCGCUCAUUCGUAUCAUAGGCGACCGAUUCAGCUUCAGCGUCAAAGUGGCUGUGCUUGAGACGCUUGCUCUAUUACUCGCAAAGGUUGGGGUGCAGCUGAAACCAUUCCUGCCUCAGCUGCAAACCACCUUCUUGAAAGCACUCAAUGACGGCAACCGGCAGGUGAGGCUAAAGGCCUCGGUAGCGCUGAGUCACCUCAUUGUCCUUCACACACGCUGCGAUCCAGUCUUCCAGGAGUUGCACAACUCGGUCAAGAACCAGGAUGAUCCCACUGUCAGAGAGACGAUGCUGUACGCGCUGCACCGUGUGGUGGCAGCAGCGGGCCACAAGAUGUCGGACCUGAUGCGGCGGAGUGUGACGGCCAGCGUGAGCAGCUACCUGAGCAGCUCCGAGGAUGGCUGCCGCACGGCUGCUGCCGGGUGCCUGGGCUCUCUUUGCCGGUGGCUGCCACCGGAUGAGCUGGCCGUCUUCGCCCGAGAACACCUACUAAGCGAUGACCCUAGCGAGGACUGGACAUUAAGGCAUGGUUGCAGCGUGACGCUCUCGGUGGCGCUGAAGCAAGCUCCCGAGCGCAUCCUCACGGACGACUGGAGAGAACGAGUGUUCAAGACACUGAUCAAGUACAUGACUGCCGACCGGGUGCCCAUUGUGAUUGGUGGAGUGCGUGGGACUGGCCACUGCUUACGUCACAUGCUUCUCAACUCUGAGGAGCUGCCGCAAGUGCUACUGACAACAUUUGCCAAGUGCCUGAACCACGGGAGCAACGAAGUGAAGCAGCUGGUGGCCCAGACGGUGCAAUGGCUGUCGCGCAGCCUGGACAAGGGCGCGCCCCCACAACUGCUGCGAACCCUGGUGCCCCAACUGGUGAACGGAACCAAGGAGAAGAACACCAUGGUGCGCGCCAACAGCGAGUACGCCCUGGUCGCCCUGCUGCACCUGCGCACCUCCACACAGGGGCUCGAGUGCAUGGGCUGA